AUGGCUGCGGUCAUCACUUGGGCCCUCGCCCUCCUCUCAGUGUUUGCAACCGUACAGGCGCGGAAGAGCUUCUGGGAGUACUUCGGCCAGAACAGCCAGGGCAAAGGCAUGAUGGGCCAGCAGCAGAAGCUGGCACAGGAGAGCCUGAAAGGUAGCUUGGAGCAAGACCUCUACAAUAUGAACAAUUUCCUAGAAAAGCUGGGACCCUUGAGAGAGCCUGGGAAGGAGCCUCCUCGGCUGGCACAGGAUCCAGAAGGCAUUCGGAAGCAGCUGCAGCAGGAGCUGGGGGAAGUGAGCACGCGCCUGGAGCCCUACAUGGCUGCGAAGCACCAGCAGGUCGGCUGGAACCUGGAGGGCUUGAGGCAGCAGUUGAAACCCUACACAGUCGAGCUGAUGGAGCAGGUAGGCCUGAGCGUGCAGGAUCUGCAAGAACAGCUGCGCAUGGUGGGAAAAGGCACCAAGGCCCAGCUCCUGGGGGGCGUGGAUGAGGCGAUGAGCCUGCUGCAGGAUAUGCAAAGUCGAGUGCUGCACCAUACGGACCGAAUCAAAGAACUCUUCCACCCUUACGCAGAACGCUUGGUGACUGGAAUUGGGCACCAUGUGCAGGAGCUGCACCGGAGUGUUGCUCCUCAUGCGGUUGCCAGCCCCGCUCGACUCAGUCGCUGCGUGCAGACCCUGUCCCACAAACUCACACGUAAGGCGAAGGACUUGCACACCAGCAUCCAACGCAACCUGGAUCAGCUGCGAGAUGAGCUCAGUACCUUCAUCCGAGUCAGCACAGACGGGGCAGACGACGGAGACUCCCUGGACCCUCAAGCUCUCUCUGACGAGGUCCGCCAGAGACUCCAGGCUUUUCGACACGACACCUACCUGCAGAUCGCUGAAUUCACUCAGGCCAUUGACCAGGAGACCGAGGAAAUCCAGCACCAGCUGGCACCACCACCCCCUAGCCACAGCGCCUUCGCUCCAGAGUUGGGACACUCAGACAGUAAUAAGGCCCUGAGCAGACUGCAGAGCCGGCUGGACGACCUCUGGGAAGAUAUUGCCUAUGGCCUUCACGACCAGGGCCAUAGUCAGAAUAACCCUGAGGGUCACUCAGGUUAACUCUGCAGCUCGUUGUCUGGACCCUGAGCCUUCAGCAUGGCCUAUUAGGCAGAGGGUGGAGGGUCCUGCAUACUAUUGGCAAGGCCACCAAAGGUGCUGCUGCCCCAACCUGUCCGGUCUCCUCAACUGCCCCACUCAGGUGCAUUACACUCAGUAGGUUUGGCAAACCCAGCUUCUGGUGCUCAUUUGGGAAUCCUAAGUAGCAAGAGUGGGGUGAAGGGAAUGGGGAGAUGGUGUGCAGGGGAGACUGACUGCGAGCCAGUACUUGACCGUUGCUGGAAACCUGUGUCACUACAACCCGGAGCCCGGCUCCUAUUACUUCAUGCCUGAUGGUCACUGUUAUAGUCCACAGAGGGGAACUCCUGUCUCCCCAGGGUUGUCAUGAGAGCUUUUGUUGGAAGAGAGCAGGAGGAGAACAUGAUGCGUAUGAUGGAGUGUGUACAUCCCUGCCAGUGGUCCUGCUGGGAGAAUCAGUGAUGGGAUGAAUGUGUGCAUCCCUGCAGUGGUCCUGCUGGGGGAUCAGUGAUGGGAUGGGGCAGAGCCCCUAUUUCCUUAGAGAACUCUGAACCCAAAUAAGGAACUGAGACCUCCGCAGUGAGGGCUUCUGAAAACCCUGUACAUAGCAAACUGUGUGCCCUCUUCAUCAUGCAGUCCCCACCUCCUGAUUCUUGGGAUGGAACUGACUUUUGGUUGGAAUGAAAUAGACGCUCAUGAUGGAA